AUGGCGACCAAGCUGUGCUGUACAGCGGAGCAAGACCAUUGUUCGGAAUCGCCUGAGCUGCCCAAUGCCCGCCUCAGCCAACUCACACCAGCGAACCGCCCACUUCUACCCAAAAGUACUGGCUCACCCGGCUCACGCUUUACUAGUGCUCGUUCUGAAGACCUCCACGAGCUUCGAGAAAUCUUUCACAAUGCGCAGGCCUCUGACCAAGAUCGAGCUAUGCCGAUGCGGGCUCUUCGUGCGCGAUUCAGUCGCCCCUCAAUGCAUAGCAUCCGAAGCCUACACAAGAUGACCAGUAUGCGCUCUCUUAUCAGGCGGAAGUUUUCGAAAGAGCUUCCGGAAAAGGCUUCAGGUGUGUCAUCAGCGCACACCCAGCCAAAACAGAAUAGCAUCACGUCGAUUCCCGACACCGUAGUGAAGCAGCUGAAGGACUCAAAUCAGCAGCUUCGGAUCACAAAGCAUGACCUACGCAAGGACCUACUAAGUGACAAGAAGCCCGAUGAGGGUGGAUAUGAUUCAGACGCUAAAGUCUUGGACGACAUUGCAAAGAACAUCGGCAAGAAACCGCUAAGCAAGAGGCCAAGCAUCCGCAGUGUCGACUGGACAACUACUACAGGAAGGCAAGGCCGCAUCAGUGCCGAGCUCAAGCGCGACCUCUACCCUUACAGCGUUGAUAAACUCCAAGCCGCUUCCGUCUCGAACCGUGUCACUCAGGUGUUCAGUACGCCCGAUCUACGGUCGAGUACAUCUGGUGAGCGGAAUCGCAAAGUGAGGCGGUCGCAUUCGGCUACGUCCAUGGGUUUACCGAAACCGUCCCCGAUCUCGCCGUUGCGGUUACCGAGUCUUACCAACCACGACUCAUUUGGUAUGCCGUGGUCUGAGGUGAUGCAUAAGAGUCUUCGUCUUUCGCAGUUUCCUAUACCUCCACAGCAUAUUAAUACUGUAGCAUUCCCCACCCUGUUGGGCAAGAAGGACAUUCAAAAACAUGCUCAUGACCAUCACCAAAAUCAAAAUAGUGACGCCUCAGCAUCGUCGCCCCGAACGAACGUGUCACUUGCAUUACCUGCGGCUCGUAUAGUGGAGAUCCGUGUUCAGCAGCCCACGUCUAUCGCAAGUCCUAGGCCGUCUACAUCUGUUAGAGGUUGUUCUCGUGGAAACUCGCCUUCCAGGAAAGGCACGAGAAAUGAAGGGGAAGACGACGGGGAUAAUAACCCGCGUCACUCUGUCCAUCUUCAUAGCAUGCGCAUCUCGCACCAUUUACGCUCAGGCUCUCUUCUUUCCUGGGAUCAACUUGCCGAUGCGCCAGAUCUCCCAGUCCCGCCCCCUAUGUAUCGUGAACGUACUGUCUCAGACCAAAGCCGAGUCUCUGUACAAAAUCGACAACUUGCUCGCCAUCACCGACAGACAUCUAGCUCUGGCUUUGCAAGUACAAAGAUCCCGAGCAAGUGGGGCAAUGUUUUGCCGCAAGAUGUCGAUGCGCGUCCUGAUGUUGCGUCAUCCAUAUAUUCGAGUCGACCACAGAGCCCACCUGACAGCUUUGGUGGUUCGAUGGUAACUCUGUCGCAUACGGGCACUGAGAAUCAAGUUUUCAAUAUCUCAUCGUCUGAUCUACGCCGGCCUCGACGCUCUGCUUCCUUUCCUACAGACAACGAGGAAACGCCGAAGCCAGCUAAACGGCAUGGACUCUCUGGUCUGACAACGGUGAUCGGGCAUUCGAUUGAAUCCUCCCUACUUGCCGUACCCGUUCCUUUAGCACGCAAGAACAGUGUUGCUGACACUAAAACCUCUAAAUUUCGGGAAGAGUUCAGUCUAUCUCCGCCGAAGAAGAAGACAUCACAAUCGGUAUCCAUCAUAAAACUCUUGAAUCCAAAGCGCCUUAGUGGGCGGAGCCAGAGUGAGGCAAACCUACAUCCCGAAGCUUCAGUCGCCGCUAUGGAUGGUCCAUCUGAUAUACUAGCAAUCCCUGCCGAUCGUGAACGUGGCCAUUCUCGGUCAUUGACAAGCUUUCAGACUGAACAGAAUGCGAUGGGAAGGAACAAAGGUGCUAAUCAUGUGUGGGAUCGCGCUUUGCAAGCUCAUCAAGAAGAGAAAGCAUCACUCUUCCUUCCACAAAACAAAGACCUUGCCGUUCACGCAAGUCCUUUCCGCGAACGCAGUGGGAGCGUUUCUGUUAGAAGAGCUAGCAUUGAAGGUCUAGAUCCAACCAGUCGAGCUGACGACGGCUCCAGCACGCGGGUAUCGACACUUUGCCCAACUCUCCAAACAACUGGUGAAGAGCCAUCUGAGGGACUUUACACCUUAGCCUCUCGGCGCAGCGCUUUGUUAGGGCGCGAUGACGUUAGCGUUGGACAGGAGGUGGCCACCGCGUUUGAACGACAGGGCGACAGGACCGACAUUGUGGGGGCUUGGGGCCGAUACCCAUCGCACACGCGCCAUGACCGCACCGCUUCCGCAGGCAAGAACGACAACGUUCAACCUCGCGACUUUGCACUUGAGGCAGCAAUCAAGUUUGCCUCGGCAACAGAUGACGAAGAUUUGAUUGAUCCAACAGAACGAAGACCGUCCACUCCGCUGCUACCAGGCGAGAAGAAGAAGAAGAAGAAACAGAAGAAGAUUGGCAGUGGUCGCAUAGCAAAGAGCAACUCCAUGACCUUCGGCAGAACUCUCAUGAAGAACUAUGCCAAGAUGUUCAGAAGCCAGAGUACAGAAUUCCAGAGGCAUGGUCGAGGACAUCGAAGCUCCAUCGCGUCAGGUGGCGUCCUAGAGCACCCUGAGCUCGAGCUGCUGCCCCAUGUGUGGGCGGGCGAGGUUCACAAAGUUCAUGCAGACGUGCAGACUUUGAAACAUGAGGAACAGCCGCUGAACAAUGGUUUUUCAAUGAGAAUCACUCAAUCCAAGAGCAAAUUGCGGGCAGAUGACUCCAUGGCGACCCUCCGUCCGCGUCGCAACUCUUCAGCUCCCAAUCUCAACGAAGUGUCAUUCCGCGAUGGCGCUGCUGGAGUGGGGCAUGCAAGCGAUCGUGCACACGUCUGGUCGGCCUAUUAUGAGAACUGCGUCGAUGUUUACCCACGUUUGAGUAUGGAUACCAACCGAUUGCUUGAGGACUUUAGUCACCCAAAACGAUUCUCAUUCGACAGCAGGCGCGCAUCCAUACACUCACGAGCUAUGCCCAUUCGCAUACCAAAACACGAACGUAGGGAAAGUCAGAAGAGCAACACAAGUUGCGUAAAGAGUUUCGUUUACCAAGAUCAUAAUGACAGCGCUUCCGAGGAACGCAGCUUGGUCAGUGUUAGGCGGAGCACAAUGGAUCUGAUAUCCAAAUUCAAAGAGCAGGAAGCUACCGAACAUGAGAGGAUUCUAUCGUUCAGCAGGAUGGAUAGUGUGAGGGCGGAAGAGGGCGUCGCGGCUCCAUAA